UAUCAAAAUCGGCCUCUGAAGUAAUUUCCUCCUUCAUACUAUUAUCAAUAACAUUUUCAGAUUCUUGUUCUUGGUUAUACAAUAAAAAAGAAACAAUUGGUGUAGUUGCAGUUGGUGUAGAAGCAGUUGGUGUAAAAGCAAUUGGUGUAGAAGCAGUUGGUGUAGAAGCAGUUGGUGUAAAAGCAGUUGAGUUGGCAUGCAAUACGACUCAACUUUGGUGUGGCACCUGA